AUGGAAUUGUUUGCGUGGAUUCUGCUGCUGUCGCCAUUGUUUCAAGAGUGCUUGGGAUCUGAAGUCUGGAAAAUCGUCCCCCGGCUUCUAGAUGGAGGGAUAGCGGAAAUACCCUCGAAGUCCUACAACGGAAGUACUACAUUUCUGUGCGCAUUGGAAUGCCAGAUGAGACCAACAUGUCAACUUUUCCGUUAUAACUCAAACACAUCAGAGUGUGACUUGUAUGAUGGAAUAAAAUUUAAAAGAACCUCAUACGUUCACCGAAACCAGUUUUAUCAGAAGAUGCCUGAUCAUUGUGUGACAGGGCGUGACGAAUGGUUCCCCGAGUGUCAGACUUGCAUUUGGAUUCCGACCCACGUUUCUCCAUACGAAGAGGCAAAACGUUUAUGCGAAUCAGCAGGGAAAGUCAUGUUAGGCAUCAAUAACUUUUCACAAGUCUUGUAUCUGAUGGAUCUUAUAAAUACAAAAUACAUUCACAUAUACUCUCGACGCACUGGAGACAUAACUUAUGAGAUGGAUGACGGGACCUUGUUUCCAUCUACACUGUGGUGUCCGGGUCAGCCUAAUGAAUACUUGGACUGUAUAGGGGUCCAAAACGACCCCCAGAGUAACUGGUGUACCUACCCUGGAUUAGACGAUUAUGAAUAUUGUUCUCAUUCAUCACGAUUCCUCUGUGUGUAGACAAGACAAAAUCACGACACUUAUGUACAAACAGCUCCAGAGAAUUAGGAGGACUGGAUGGUCGUGGUUAUUGUAGGCUAUAUGAAUCUCCUUGAGAUGAAGAGCUCUGUAUUUAGAUAUAUUAAGAUAAUGUUCAAACUUUUAAGAUAUUGUAUUUAGAUUAUUUUCUUCACGAAUUUAUAGGGUAUGGCAAAACA